GUUUUCUAAUCUUCUGGGUUUGGCUGAGUCUUCAGGCAAAGUAGGGAUGAAAGCCUUUUGGUUGUUAGCCUGGCCUUUAGGGGGAAAAUAUAGCCAGGGCCUGAUUCUGCAUUCCAGGCAUUCCCCAAAAUCUUCUUGGCUGUUCUGCAAGCUUUGAGAGUGCACAGAAAGCAGAACUGGCCCUUAAUGCGCCCGAAUCUAUUUGCCUCUGACAGUCCCCUCUUAAAAAGACUCCGGUUACACUGAGCAACAAUGUUCCUUGUCAAAGGAGAUGAGAAACAAGCAUGCUGGCUGUUUUCUGCUGUGAUAACUGGCCCACAGCAGUUGCUAGGGGUUUGUUGGUUUUAAUUUUCCCCUCGUUUAAGCCCUUAUUCAAGUUACAGUUUAGUUCUAUUCCCAGUGAAAUACAUGGAUAUUUUGAUAUGCUGCUUUCUAGUUUUGCAGGCAUUUUAUUAUCUGUUUUUUAAAAAGAACUUUGCCAACUGCUUUUGGUGCACACAGAGCACGCCAGCUUUUCUUAGAAAAACACACAUUGCAGUCCAGUUUUCUCUCACAGCCUCAUUCUUCAGAAGUUUGGGCUGAAACAAUGCAGACAUAGAAGGAAGAAUCAGAAACUAUCUGAGGGCAAGUCCUUCUUUCUGCCCCAAAUUUCACAAGACAGUCACCAGUUUUUGGUGCAAGAUAGAAACAAUCUGCUUGGGUGAAUUCUUACUGGAUGCCAAUAUAAACUUGUCAGAAGCAUAUUGUGUUUUCUGUUUCAAAACUGGAAUAGCUCAGCUCUGGGACUUCUGCUGGGGAAACUUUCCAUCAAUGCAUGGAGUUAAAACAAAAGUGUGUUAGAAAUAGUUCAGCUCUUCUGACUCUUCACUUUUACUAUAAGCAAUGAUUAUAGGCUAAGGUCACAAAACAGAGCCACUAACCUCUGUUUGAACUUCCUCGUGUCAGGCACAUGUGGGUAUUUCAUUAUCUGUUCCAGGCAUAGCUGAGUGACAGGACGCGCAUACCAGGAAAAUAUGCAAUCUUACUUUUAAGCCUUUCUUUCAACCCUUCACUGUUUCCUCCAUGUGUGUUUGAAUGAGGAAGCCGUAUCUUUAAGAAAUAUGGGUGCUUUCCACCCCCCCACCCCCGUUUCCUGUGAAACAUUAAUAGAUGCUGCCAAUGGGACAGAGCUCUUUAGGGGUGUUGUGUAAAAUACUUCACCUUGCGUUUGCUGCAGCCCUGAGCACACAGACACCUUUUGAUUUUUUUUCUCCAGAGAAGGAAAGAUAGGGCAAGUUUUGGAGAUGAGGCAGCAAGGAUGCUCUGCAACAGCAGUAACAACCAUCCCCUUCCCUGCACAAAACUGGGAGCUAUUGACUAUUCAUGGCAAAGCGUCCAAAGCGCAGCAGCAGAGCCUGUGGAAAAUGACAGCGUGUAACAAGAUUGACUGGCAUUUCCUUCGCACUGGGUCACAUGCCUCCUAAUUCACACACACGCAAAACCUCAUAGGCUGAUCAAAUGACUUCUAUCUCUGCAGUCCACAUACCUUCCACAGAAAGAGUUGUUUUAUUAUGCACAUGUACAGCUCUGUUUUCAAUCAGUCACCUUGAGCGAAUGACUGAGGGCCAGUGUUCGCUCCAUCGGGAGGUCUCUGCGUUUGCUUUCUAGGAGGCAUAGUCUCCAUCUGCUCUCACCUGAACUUUGGCUGCCUGGUAUAUGCUGUUGGGAUACCCUUAAGAGAUCGCCCAGGAAUGGUGGAUCACUUGCUGCCUACUGAUGAAUCCUUUUCAUCUACAAGAUCUUCUCUUGGAUACUUUGGGGACAUGACAGCAGGGGUGAGGUCCUACCAAAUGCUGCCCUCUCCCCUCUCAGAAGAUGACAGUGACUCGUCCAGCUUUUGUUCUUGUUCCAGCCCUGAUUCCCAGGUCCUCAGCUCCAGCUAUGGAAGCACAUCCAGUGCAGAAAGUCAGGACAGUAUCUUAGACUACUUAUUGUCCCAGGCAUCUUUGGGAAACACCAAUACAUCAUGGUGGGACAAAAGGAGACUCCAGCCGAUAGUGAAAGAGGAGUACUUUAGGUUGCCUGAAUUUGCUGUGGAUAUGGAAGACUCAGGACCAUUUCAGCCCACACUUGAGGAAAUUGAGGAAUUUUUGGAGGAGAACAUGGACUUGGAGCUCAAAGAAAGACCUAAAAGUGAGACCAAGGACUUGAGAGCCUGCAGCCAAGUUUCUGUUGCUUCGCUACAGCAAAAAGACCAUAUGUUACCCAGCACUAGUUUAAAAGAGAGUAAAAAUGAACAGUUGAACAGCACAACAGAAGGUGGCCAAGCUUCAAAUGGAGGAAUGACCCUCGAGAAUGGGAUACCGGUUAUGCUCCAAAUUCAGCCUGUACAGAUCAAACAGGAGUCCAACACGAGCCCCAGUUCCCAAGGACCAGCACAGGAAAAUAUUAAAAUUGCACAGCUCCUAGUCAACAUCCAAGGACAGACAUUUGCCCUUGUGCCUCAGAUAGUUCAGUCGUCCAAUUUGAACUUGUCCUCUAAAUUUGUCCGCAUUGCUCCCGUCCCCAUUGCUGCCAAGCCAAUUGGGCCAGGAGGCAUGAUCCAGGGUCAGACGGGAAUCAUCAUGGGUCAGAAAUUUCAAAAGAACCCUGCAGCUGAACUCAUUAAAAUGCACAAAUGUUCUUUUCCUGGUUGUACCAAGAUGUACACGAAAAGCAGCCAUUUGAAAGCCCACCUGAGGAGACAUACAGGAGAAAAGCCCUUUGCGUGCACGUGGCCGGGCUGUGGAUGGAGGUUCUCCAGGUCAGAUGAGCUGUCCCGGCACAGGCGCUCCCACUCAGGGGUGAAACCCUAUCAGUGUCCCGUCUGUGAGAAGAAGUUUGCUAGAAGUGACCACUUGUCCAAACAUGUCAAGGUGCAUCGAUUCCCACGAAGCAACCGCUCCGUCCGUUCCGUGAACUGAUUGUUCCCGCUGUCCCCUUCCCACCCAGCCAUCUCACAACAGCUGAUGACAGCACUUUGCUCACUGUAUUUCUAGUGAUAAUUUAUUUGUCUCCACAGAACAGUCAAUGCUGUUACUUUAUACCACCAUGUUUGAGUGCCCCAUGUUCCUUCAAAUAUGAUUUGAGAAUGAAGUUCCUUUUGGGUCAGGGGAGCGGGGUGCUUCUUCCUUUUUUUUUUUUUUUUCUUUUAAGGAUAUUAUUUUUCUUUCCUUCUAUCUGUCCCUCCUUUGCUGCUGCUUCUUUUGGAAAUUACAGUGUUUUAUUUUUAGCUGUUUUCUGCUGCACAGGAAAAUGUAAAAGUUGCUUGCUGCUAGUUAAUUAUAGCCCUGGCAUUCCUGAGGGCUUUGCUCAUGUACAGGCCAUUCAUUGUGAGUUUUUAUUAAGCUGCUCUAUUUGUCCAGUUUGGAAACAGCAAAUUCCUUUUGAAAUGAAAACAACUCCUUUGUUUUUGGGUCGCCUGAGCCAAGGAUUUGUAGGGGCUGGCCAUAGGAGGAGGAAUAGUGGGAGUUGGGGACAGGGGGAGAGAAGGCUUGAGAGCACUGGAAUGUGCCUUCAUACACAUCUCUAUGCAGCUCUAAUUUCCCCAGCUCACAUUUACCUUUCCCUUGGCUAGGGCUAUAUAUAAAUAUUUAUGUAUAUAUAUUCAUACAUACAUAUAUAUAUAUAUUUAAGCAAAGGCACAUCCCAGGCAAACUGGGAAGCUCAGGCUGGAUGAAAUGGCUUGGAGUGGAGCCUUUCAGUACUUUGUGCUUGCUUCUGUCCUGUGCUGCCAUGGGGUGAAAGGAUGCCCAGGUGUGGAAGGACACACUGCUUUCCUUUGAGUCUGGUUUGCAGCAUCCAUUGUCUUUAGCAGAACAGCUGUUGUCUGCAUGUAAGGCAGCAGGAAGACAUUUCUGAGAGCAUCUGAGCCCUGGUCCUAUCUCUACUCCCAUCCUCUUGUGUGAUCGUGGGGGAGAAACCAGGGCCCCAGCCUCGGAGGUGCCUGGUGGUCCUGAUGGGCACCAGGCAUCCCCACAACCACCAUGAAUCAAGGCCUCGCUGGCUGGAGCUAAGUCUCCAUUUGCCUGCUGGCAGGCAGGGUCUGUAGGAUGUGCCUGUGCCCAGGGAGGAUUGGAGGCAUCAUGGCCUGGUGGGACAGCACUGCGAGAUCAGGGUCUAAGGGUGAUCUUCAGUGCUAAUCCUCUCCUUCCUGACAGCCAUGUCAGAGCUCCAUGCAGCUGGGGUGGGCGAAUGGGUGAGAACAGUAGCCAAAAGAAACAAAUUUGUGUGAUAGCUGGCUAAGAAGGGAAUUUAAACAAAUAAUCAGAUGGUAGCAGGCAAAUGAUUUUGUUUUUGUUUCUUCUUGUUUUGUUUUUUUCUUUUCAACUCUGGCAAUUGUAAGAAGCUUUAGAAGAAAAUAGAAUUCAGUAAUUAGAAAUGAUUUUAUAAUGGAUGUUGCAUUUCCUUUCCAUUCGCAGACAGCAUCUGUUUGUCCUUUUUGUUGGCAAAAUGGGAAAUAGGAAAGUGCUAUCCUAGUGCUAGGCAGAGCAGGAGCCCGCGCUGUGCGAGAACAGCAGGUCUAGCUGAAGUGAAUGCAUUCCUUUUGUCCUCUAGAAAUUAAUAUAAAUGAACUAUCAUCUAUUGACUGGUUUAUAUCACAUCCUAUGAAUGUAUGUAAAUAAAACUGUACAUAGAUGCAUAUCUAUAUAAAAUAUCUUUUAAUAACGUAUCAAAUUUGUGUAAAUUGGAAACAAAAAUACCUAUAAAGCCAGUGUACAUAAGUUACAAUUCUGUAUAUUUUCUUUUGUUCUUCAUAAAAAUAUAUUUACUUUGACAAUAAAAUGAAAAUGGAAAUUUUAAA